AUGUACAGCCAUCGCCCCCAUCCGCUUCUGGAACAAGUUCCUCUUACAGUAUCCCCCUUUGUCUCGCUACCGACCGCCACGACCCUCUCCUACACCUACAAGACCAUGCCGUCCAACAUCCCGCCAUCAGCGCUCGGCAUCCCGACAGCCUCCUCAUCAGGCGACGCCGCUGCCGCCGACCAACCCAAGCCGCGCUUCAUUGUAUCGCAGACUGGUAACGCCGCGCACCCCGACGAGAUCGUUGCGUCGUGCCAGGCGCUGCGCGCCCACGUGGCCAAGCUGCAGGAAGACGCCGACCGCGAGCUGCGCGAGUUUGAGGAGCGCAUACGGGAGCGAGAGCUGGCGGAGAAGAGGAGGCUUGCCCCAGGCUGGCUGGACAGCGACGCGCGAAUGCUGCAGCCGGAAAAGGGCGCGGCGGCAGCGGCGGCAGCGGCCAAGGCGGAGGACGAGCUGAUGGUUGGUGAGCCAACUGCUGGACAGGCUGGCGCCAACCCGGCUACGGACGAGGGAGCUGCGCUGGACAGAGCCUUUGGUGGAAUGAAUCUAAAGUAA